UACUGAGUUCUCUGACAGCUGAAAAGUGAAGCUGAAGUUUGGUUCAGAGCAGAUUGAGCGCUGACACCAUGGAUCCGCUGCUGUAUCUGGGAGGUUCGCUGCUUUUGUUCCUGCUGUGGAUCAAAGUCAAAGGUCUAGAUUACGUGAUCGUGCACCAGCGAUGGAUAUUCGUGUGUCUGUUCCUGCUGCCGCUCUCCGUUGUAUUUGACGUGUAUUAUUAUGUGAGAACUUGGCUCAUUUUCAAGAUGUGCUCUGCGCCCAAACUGCACGACCAGCGAGUGAAGGACAUCCAGCGACAGGUCCGUGAGUGGAGGAAGGAGGGCGGUAAGAAACACAUGUGCACAGGUCGACCCGGCUGGCUAAGUGUGUCUCUCAGAGUGGGGAAAUACAAGAACACCCACAAAAACAUCAUGAUCAACAUGAUGGAUAUUCUGGAGGUGGACACACAGAGGCAGGUGGUGAGAGUCGAGCCGCUGGCCAACAUGGGUCAAGUGACCGCUCUGCUGAACUCCAUCGGCUGGACGCUGCCGGUGCUGCCGGAGCUGGACGACCUCACUGUGGGUGGCUUGGUGAUGGGGACAGGCAUUGAGUCGUCCUCCCAUAUUUAUGGGCUGUUUCAGCACAUCUGUGUUGCAUAUGAGCUGGUUCUAGCUGAUGGCAGUUUGGUUCGCUGCACUGAGGAGGAGAACUCAGAUCUGUUCCAUGCUGUCCCAUGGUCCUGUGGAACUCUGGGGUUCCUGGUUGCAACUGAGAUUAAAAUAGUCCCCGCUAAGGCCUGGGUGAAGCUGCGUUACGAGCCUGUCAGAGGACUGGAGAACAUCUGCAAACGCUUCACUGAAGCAUCAGAGAACAAGCAGAACUCGUUUGUUGAGGGUAUCCAGUACAGUCUGGACUCUGCUGUCAUCAUGACAGGAACCAUGACGGACCACGCAGAGCCUGACAAGAUUAACAGAAUCGGCCUGUACUUUAAACCCUGGUUCUUUAAACACGUGGAGAGCUACCUGAAACAAGACUGCACCGGAGUGGAAUACAUCCCUCUGCGGCACUACUAUCACAGACACACACGCAGCAUUUUCUGGGAGCUUCAGGAUAUUAUUCCAUUUGGAAACAACCCUGUGUUCCGCUGGCUGUUUGGGUGGAUGGUUCCUCCUAAAAUCUCUCUGCUGAAGCUCACUCAGGGAGAAACCAUCAGGCGUCUCUAUGAACAGCACCACGUGGUCCAGGACAUGAUGAUACCCAUGAAGCACCUGCAGGCCGCCAUCACACGUUUCCACCAGGACAUCAACGUUUAUCCUCUGUGGCUGUGUCCAUUCCUGCUACCGCCUGGCAAGGGGAUGGUUCACCCCAAAGGUCAAGAGGAGGAGCUGCAUGUGGACAUCGGGGCCUACGGGGAGCCUAAAGUCAAACAUUUCGAAGCUAAAGCGUCAACGCGACAGCUGGAGAAGUUUGUCCGGGAGGUGCAUGGGUUCCAGAUGCUAUAUGCAGAUGUGUACAUGAACCGAGAGGAGUUUUGGGAGAUGUUUGACGGACAGCUGUACCACAGAUUGAGAAACGAGCUCGGAUGCAAGGAAGCCUUCCCUGAAGUUUACAACAAAAUCUGUAAAUCUGCUCGACACUGACCCCUUAUCUCCCAUCGGGUGCCUCAACUCAUAGCUCUGUCACAGCUUCAUCAAGGAAACUCAAGACUGACUAGUUUUGGGAAACAUCUCAACAUUUUUAAGGUGGACCUUCUCACUCACCAAUACUUGUAAUUUUUUUUGGCAAUAACACUGAAGAAGACCAUCUAUCCAUGUAAAACAGGAGUAUUUUACUCAUUUUAAGUCAUGAAUGUAUUUUUUUGUGUUCUAUACACAGCUAAUUUUAACAUUAAGGUUCGGCUUCAUGUGCUGAUUGACUCAAAUCUAACUGCACCAAAUGUCUUACUUUUUCCUUUUUUAAAACAUGUAUAUUGCACAACUUUUCCCUGUUGUACAACUUUAUCUUAUUGUUUCUUAAGUGCCACACCCUUUGGAAACCUGACUUCCUGAUUAGUCUCACACACAUUUUAAAAUACAUACCUUUAUGAUAAAGCUCAGUUAACCUUUAAGUCCAUAAAACUAUAUUAGAACUCAAAGUUGACUAUUUUGAUAUCAGAAAGAGAUCCUAUUUCCAGAGCUGUGUAUUGGUGGGAUGAAUUAAUUAAAAUGUAUUUUCUGUGUUAAAGCUCA